UCCCUCCAGAGCCUGAUUUCAACAUUCCUGACCAGCGUGGGAUGAAGCAGUCAGAUAAAAGCAAGACCCAGAAAUCUGGUCUGCACUGAAGAGGUCUGCCGCUGAGCCAGCAUUAUGGUGUGGUCCAUGAUCUGGACAGGUGUGAUGGCUCUGCUGAUGACCCAGUGGGGCUCUGCUGAAAAGCUGGUGUGCUACUUCACAAACUGGGCCCAGUACCGAGAGGGGGCGGCUCAUUUCUUGCCCAAGGAUGUGGACCCCAACCUGUGCACCCACCUCAUCUAUGCCUUCGCUGGCAUGAGCAGCCACCAGCUCAGCUCCAUAGAGUGGAAUGACAAGACUCUCUACCAGGAGUUCAAUGGCCUGAAGAAGAUAAAUCCCAAGCUCAAGACUCUGCUAGCCAUCGGGGGAUGGAACUUUGGCACUCAGAAGUUCACAGACAUGGUGGCCACAGCUAGCAAUCGGCAGACCUUUGUGGAUUCAGCUAUCAAGUUUCUGCGCACGUAUGGCUUUGAUGGCCUUGACCUUGACUGGGAAUACCCAGGAAGCCGGGGGAGCCCUGCUGUGGACAAGGAACGCUUCACAGCCCUGGUCCAGGACUUGGCCAAGGCUUUCCAGCAGGAAGCCUCGACUUCAGGGAUGGAACGACUCCUUUUGAGUGCAGCCGUCCCGGCAGGGCAAGGCAUUGUGGAUGCUGGCUACGAGGUGGACAAAAUCACUCGGAACUUGGAUUUCAUCAACCUUAUGGCUUACGACUUCCAUGGUUCUUGGGAGAAGGUCACAGGGCACAACAGCCCUCUCUUCAAGAGGCAGGGAGAGAGCGGUGCAGCCGCCACAUUCAACGUGGAUGCUGCUGUACAACUGUGGCUGCAGAAGGGGACCCCCGCCAACAAACUGAUUCUUGGCAUGCCCACCUAUGGACGAUCCUUCACCCUGGCCUCCUUGUCAGACACUGGAGUGGGGGCUCCAGCCACAGGGCCUGGUGCUCCCGGCCCCUUCACUAAGGAAGGAGGGAUCCUGGCUUACUAUGAGGUGUGCUCCUGGAAGGGGGUGCAUAGAAUCGAGGACCAGAAGGUGCCCUACGUCUUCCAGGACAACCAGUGGGUGGGUUUUGGUGAUGUGGAGAGUUUCAAAGCCAAGGUCAGCUAUCUGAAGCAGAAGGGACUGGGCGGGGCCAUGGUCUGGACCCUGGACUUGGAUGACUUUGCGGGCUCCUUCUGCAACCAGGGCCAAUACCCCCUCAUCCAGACCCUGAGGUGGGAGCUGAGUCUUCCAUAUGUGCCUCCAAGGUCCCUAGAGCCUGGAGUUCCUGCACCAGGUCAUCCCUCUGAACCUGAGCAGAGCCCCAGCCCUGGAAAAGACAACUUCUGCCAGGGCAAACCCAACGGGCUCUACCCCAACCCUCAGAAUCCGUCCAGCUACUACAGUUGUGCAGAGGGUUGGCUGUUCCAGCAAAGCUGCCCCCAAGGCCUGGUGUUCAGUGCCUCCUGCAAAUGCUGCACCUGGAAAUGAGUCCCUAGGACCCAUCCAAUGCCAUGCCAAAGCUGGGGCCCGGGAUCACGUCUCAGCCUGCCUCGCUGUCUUUCUUAGGGCCUCCCUGUGGUCUUUCCAUAACCAGGCUUCCUGCUGACUGCCUUUUCUUUUCCCUGUGACUUCUGGAUUGCGUCUUUUACUUGAAAAAUAAAUAUCUAAUUUGCA